AUGACAACAUUGAAGUCACUCUCACUCUGUUUCAGUUGCAUUAUUGUUGGCUUGGGGUUUCUCUCAGCUGCAACGUGUUCACUAAUUGCCAAGCUCUCUUCCCUUCCUCUCUCACUUUCCAUUGUUUCCUCAUCUUCAUCUUCCUCUAAAGAUGGAAAACCCAACUCAAAGUCAGUGAAGCUGAGAGAGGAAUGGAGGCAACGCUCCAGACCCAUUCCUCCUGGUGGCACUUAUCCGGCUAAAGACCACUGCAGUCGUUGUGGGUUGUGCGACACAUAUUACAUUGCCCAUUUCAAGGAAGCCUGUGCUUUCUUAGGAGAUGGAAUGUCUAAGAUUGAAGUUCUUGUUCCUCUCCUAAAUUUUCAUACCUUCAUUGAAUUUUUACUCUUAAAUACUGAUUUAGAGCACAGUAAAUGCUCGAGUUCUCUAAUAUCAUGUACCAAACACCGGAUGUGGACAUUUGAAGUGCUUAUAUGAAGUGCAGUGGAGUGAUCGAACUUCAAUUUUGGUUCAAAAUCUAAUUUUUUUAAUGAUCCAUUGCCAUGCAUGAUUUCCAUUUUAUUCAUCAGUCUUGAUUCUCGAAAUUCAAGUUAGAGGUGCUGCCAGACCAAAUUUUUACUUCAACCAAUGUUGUUUCUUUGUGGAACUACAACC